AUGGCCCCCACCGACUGGAUGCAGCUGGAUGAUUUCUACAAAACCCUGGAUGUCAAUCUAAUGGGGCUGAUUGGGAUUACCUUGAAGCUCCUCCCCCUCCUGAAAAAAAAUAAAGGAAGGAUUGUCAACGUGUCAAGUGUUCUGGGUCGCCUGGCAUUUCUAGGGGGUGGCUAUUGUGUGUCGAAAUGGGGAGUGGAGGCAUUCUCUGACACUUUGCGGUGAGUUGCCGUGGACUUGUGGGUGACAGAUGGUAGAUUACUACUGUCUCUGUGAUCAUAGAGUUGUAGAAGGGAUCCCAAGGAUCAUCGAGUUCAACCCCCUGAAAUGCAGGCAUCUCAGCUAAAGCACCCGGGACAGAUGACCAUCCAACCUCUGCUUAAAAACCUCCAAUGGAAAGAGGGUUCACCACCUCCUGAAGGAGUCUGCUCCACUGUCCAACAGUUCUUACUGUCAGAAAGUUCAAUCACAUCUGUGACUGCCUGCAACUCAGGCUGAACUGACUGGAAAGUAUAAUUGUGGGUUCACGUGGAAAAGAAGACAGGAAGGCCAAAACUCAUUUGUCACAACAACUAUUUAUAAUAGCCAGUUGUAGGAUUACUGUGGAAGAGGAUGCAUCAGGGCUACAGCGUGGAAAAAGCUAAGUCAGGAGCAUUUGCUUCCUGUAAGGGUGGCACAAUCUUGGAUUUGCAGGAGGCAAUAUGCAGGCACAGCUUCCACCUACAGGACCCCAUUCUGGGUGAGAAGCCACACACCAGCAUUGUCUGCUUGACAUGCAUAAGGUCCCAUGUUCAAUCCUCCACAUCUCUGGCUAAGAGGAUCUUGGGUAGCAGCAGGUGAUCUUAAUCUCUGCCUGGUAUAGCUUGAUCCCAUUUAUUCCAAUGGGAAGGGAACCAUAAGCAAACAAAUAAGACUCACGUGGCCUAACUUUUACCAUUCUUUUAUUAACAUCCAGCAGGACAUUGCAUAUGCCACGUGCAUCCUCUUCAGUUUCACCUGCCCCACAGCCUUAAGAUUGCACCAUUAAUUGGAUUGGUAAAACCCACCACAAACUGAUGAGUUUUUAAAAUUUUUCUCUUAGGAGGGAUAUGCAUCAUUUCGGAGUAAAGGUGAGCAUUAUCGAGCCAGGAUUCUUUAAGACAGGAGUAACUAAUACAGGGGACAUUGAGAGAGACCUACAAAGACUGUGGAACCAGCUGACUCCAGAGGCCAGAGACUCAUACGGGGAGAAAUACUUCCUUGAUUGUAAGUGCAAAUGUCCAGCACAAAAAUUUGGGAUGGUUUGAAUGCCUGCAUUUUAUUCCAAUUAUGUGAUGAUUUCUGCAAGGAUUACUUGGCGUUAUACCAAACUUAAUGUUUUGAAAAUGAAUCAUUUCCAGCUUCGAAUCAUUUUGUUGACUGUGAUGAGAAAGAGCUUCGGUUUCGAUAG